AUGUUUCCGCCCAUAAUCUCCGGCGAUGCGGAAGCGGGUCAAUUCCACCCAGACAACACGGGCGCGGCUCUGGCUUCCGGCGCAGGGGUAGCCCUCGGCGGGGGAGGGGGAAUGGGGGGAAUGGGGGGAAUUGCGGAAAUUGGGGGAAUCGGGGGAGCGAUGCGGGCGGCGGGCGGGGACGACGAGAUGGCGCGCGCGAUGGAGAGCCUGAUUCCCGCGCUGUGGCAGUCGUUCGCGGUGAUCCUCAUCGGAUACGCGUGUGUGAAGCUUGAAGUGGUGAAGCCGCAGCACAAGCAAGUACGGCGCCUCCUCUCCUCUGCUCCCCUUACCGCUCCGCCCAUCCGCUCCAUGCCCUA